UUACCACAAGCAACUGCUGAAACUAUUCAAGCGGAAAAUAUUAACUGUGACGAUCCUUUUUGUAAUUGCAAUAAUGAUGACACUUCCGUGGUGAAUAAUAAUUUUCCUGCAAAUACGACCAUUCCUCUUUAUCAUAAUCAAUCUAUAUCUCACAGCACUUCAAAAAAUAACGAUAUUAUUUCUCCUGGCAAUGCUAAUUAUCAUCAGCAACAAAUUUUCAAUGAUGUUUCAAACAAUAAUAUAAAUAUCUCUCCUAAUAACAAAUAUCAGCAAUCCAUCUCUAACAAUACUUCCCCUCCGCAAAUUCACUCGCAAUACAUUGAUCAAAAUCCACUUCAAACUAAUGCCUUUCCUUCACUUAAUUCACUUGGUAUUGUUAUAAAUUCUCCUCAAACGUACAUUGUUAUUAUGCCAGCACCGGUGACUAGUAAUCCAAACAGUCAACAAGAUAGUAGUUAUCCGAAUCAUUCUAUCCGUCAAUAA